CGGGACGCCUGCGCCCAGGCAGCCACCUCUCUCCGCAAUGCGGGGUCGUAAUCGAGGCAUGAGGGCCACCAACCAUGACGUCUGGAGUUGCGAGGUACGGCACGCGCUCUCUCCUGGAAGAGAGGAACAUUUCCUUGGACAAUCCCUUAAAUACCUACACGGCAGCUUUGGGCCAGUCUUCAGCUCUCUCAUUUCCCUCUUGCUUCUUAGUUUCUGAGAGCUAUAUACUUGCCUCCUUUCUUUGCACAACUGGACACCAUGUCAGCAAAGCACUUCUUCUCCUCCGCCGACGGCGUCGUCCAUCGCGCGCUCAAUUCUAUCGCCGCUCGGAACCCGCACCUAUCCUAUGACUCGGAAAACCGCGUCAUGUUUUCCAAGGCGCAUCCCUCCUCCAAGGUCGCCAUCAUCUCUGGCGGAGGAGGGGGGCACGAGCCUGCAUGGUCUGGCUACGUGGGCGAGGGCAUGCUAUCUGCAUCCAUCAGUGGCGACGUGUUUGCCAGCCCUUCGACGAAACAGAUCAUGGCCGGUGUACGGAGCGUGCCUUCGGAUGCGGGCAUCAUCCUGUGUAUCACCAACUAUACCGGGGAUAGGCUGCAUUUCGGCCUGGCAUGCGAGAAGGCGAGGGCGGAAGGACACAAGGCGGCGCAGUUGCCCAUGACGGAUGAUGCGGCGCUAGGGAGGAAGCAAUCCGCGCUGCUCGGAAGAAGGGGACUCGCGGGCAAUCUUUUAGUGCUUAAGCUUCUCGGAGCUGCGUCCAAUCAGUCCUGGUCUUUUGAGGAUUGCUUGGAGCUUGGGACGCAGAUGAAUGCCGAGCUCGUAACUAUAGGCACGAGUCUGGACCAUUGCCACGUACCUGGGCGGACACAGCAUGAAGCAAUUGCUGAGGAUUCAUGUGUCGUAGGAAUGGGCAUUCAUAACGAGCCGGGUCUCCGCACGAUAUCUCCAAUGCCUUCGCCAGAGGAUCUGAUCAAAGAAAUGCUGCUCUAUCUCCUAGAUCCCUCCGAUGCCAAUCGAGCAUUCACUACGUUCGCUUCAAAAGACGAAGUGGCUCUCUUGGUCAACAACUUUGGCGGUCUUUCCACUCUCGAGCUGGAGGCAAUGACCCACAUUGCUCUCGAGCAACUCGAACGGGACUGGAAGCUCAAGCCCUGCCGCAUCUACUCCGGCAUAUUCGAGACCUCGCUCAACGGUCCCGGCUUCUCCCUAACCCUAGGCAACCUGUCCAACGUAGCCAGACGCACCAACCGGCCAGUCCAACAAAUCAUCGACCUACUUGACGAGCCCACCACCGCGCCCGCCUGGCCCAGGAACGGGUACAUGGCCGCCAAAGCCGCGCACGAGGCAGCAGUGCCACCGCGACGGGACUCGAAAGCGCAAACCGAGUCCGACAAGCCCGCGUUCAGCACCACAGCAGCAACAGCACGAGGUCCUGCAACGCCAGCAAGCCUCAUACCCGCGCUGCGGGCCGCGUGCAAUGCCGCUAUCGCCGCAGAGCCCCAGAUCACAAACUACGACAUGCAGCUCGGCGACGGGGACUGCGGCGUAGCCGUGGCAGGCGUGUGCACAGCCGUGCUCAAGAAACUCGACGCAAUUUCCGGCCAGCCGGGCGCGCCGCCGUUCUUCAUGCUGCUGAGCGAGCUCAACGCCGCACUCGAAGACAUGGGCGGCUCGCUCGGCGCAAUCCUCAGCAUCCUGUGCACGGCACUAGCAGGCAGCCUGCAGCGGGCCGCGGCGGCAGCAGCAGCAGACUUGGAGCUCAGCCCCGCGACCGUGGGCGCGGCGGCGCGCGAGGCGCUGCAGACGCUGCAGCAGUACACGGGGGCGCGCGAGGGCGACCGCACGGCCAUGGACGCGCUGAUCCCGUUCUGCGAGACGCUGGGCCGCAGCACGGCGGAUGUGGGGGUGGCGGUGGCGGUGCGGGCGGCGGAGGAGGGCGCGGCGCGCACGCGCUCGCUGCGGCCGCGGUUUGGGCGCGCGGUUUAUGUUGGCGGGGAUAGGGCGGGGGAUGGGCUGCCGCGUGACGCGGGGGCGCAUGCGGUUGCGGUGUUUUUGAGGGGGUUGGUCGAGGGUGGGGCGUGGGUGUAGGGUUGGAUUGGGAUGUUUUGGCCGGUUGGAUGCUAGGUAGGUAGGUGUCUGGGUAACUGCCUGCCUCGUCUCGCGCCUCCCGACAGCAGCUAACUAACUAGGUAACUCGGUAGGUAGCUACAUACCGCCUUGCCGUGUCCGGUAGGUGGGGCGCCAGUUCCUACAUACAACCCCUCAUCAAGCCGG